AGAGAGCCUGAGGAAGAAGAAGGAGAGGGAGAAGGGACGUCAGGCCAGGAGGCCUCUGAGGACAGAGACUAUGGGGAGACUGAGAUUGAGGGAACAGCAAAGGAACUAGAUCCAGGGCCAAAGGAAGAGGGGGGCCAGUGGGGGAGGUAUUUGCAGAGGAGGUCCAGCAGCUUCUUUCCUAAGACAGGGACACAUGGGCCUGGUUAUUCCUCUUGUCACAUGUGGAAUGGUCGGAGAUGGAAGAGAGAGGAAGAUAGAGCAAGCAAAGGAGGGCCUGAGCACAGAGAUAAGCGUGCACAGCUGUCCAAGCAGAACAGCACCUGGACCCAGGUUUAACCAAGUGCCCAGAAGUGCAUACACACAUGCAUGUGCCCCUAUACCUUACAGUCCUCUCAAACCAUCCACAACUUUUCCCCAUAACACUGACCCUUGACAAGAUCAUUCUCUAAUACAGGCAAUAUCCAGAUUGCCACUCACUGGGUAGAGAAGGCCUCAAGGACCCAAGUGCACAGCAGGCAGCACUCUGGAGGGCAGAUGGGUAGGAAGACACGUGGCGUUGGGGCACAGCCAAAGGGAGAAUGACAAGACAGGGAGAAUGGGAAGAAAGGGAGAAUGACAAGAUAGGACUCCUUAGGGGAUUACGGAAGGGAAAAGCAGGAAAGCAAGAGUCUUAUUGGAUUUUGGCAGCAGGUGUAGUAUCCAAGAAAAAGAAAUUUAGAUAGCCAGAGACUGAAAACUCCACCGAUCUAAAACAAGAACUCUGUUUCUCUUCUCCAGGGACAAAAAUGUCCUGCCAGUUUCCUCCUGGGAAAAGUCUCUACUCCUCUCCCAUGUCUUUUCCCCUGCCAAGUUCCAUGUUUCCCAUCUCCUUGGAAAAGUCUCCCUAUCCAAAUCUUCCCUGUGGUCGGUGUGGGUGGAGGAGUGGACCAUGGUCCAGGCAGGGGCUCUAGGGAAGAAAAGGCGUCACUUCCGGGGGCCUUCACCAGUGUCUGGUGGCUCCCUGCUCUGAUUGGGCAGAAGUGGCCUGGGCAGGCGUGUGACCCCACUGCCGUGGAGGGGCUAUGCCCCAACGCCACAUGUCUUCCUACCCAUCUGCCCCCCAGAGUGCUGCCUGCUGUGCACUUGGGUCCUUUAGGCCUUCUCUACCCGGAUAGAUUCCAGACCUUCUUCCUCAGCUCACCUUUGCCACACCCUACUCUGCCCAGAAGUGCAAGAGUCCAAGCCGCCUCCAUGGCCUCAGGAAGGAUUCAGGGGAGAGGCCCCAUACAGGGAGCCACUCCAGCCAGACACCCCAGCCAGAAUGAAGCUGACUGAAUUGCUCCUUGUGGUCAUGCUUCUCCUAACUGCAAGACUAACUCUGUCCAGCCCGGCUCUUCCUGCCUGUGACCCCCGACUCCUCAAUAAACUGCUUCGCGACUCCUAUGUCCUUCACAGCAGACUGAGCCAGUGCCCAGACGUUAACCCUUUGUCUACACCUGUCUUGCUGCCUGCUGUGGACUUUAGCUUGGGAGAAUGGAAAACCCAGACGGAGCAGACCAAGGCACAGGACAUUCUGGGAGCAGUGACCCUUCUGCUAGAGGGAGUGAUGGCAGCACGGAGACAACUGGGACCCACUUGCUUCUCAUCCCUCCUGGGGCAGCUUUCUGGACAAGUCCGCCUCCUCCUUGGAGCCCUAGAGGGCCUCCUUGGAACCCAGGCCCAUCCUCUGCCCUCAGCUUCCUCCACAGAGCAGGACCACAGCUCACAAGGAUCCCAAUGCCAUCUUCCUGAGCUUCCAACAACUUCUCCGAGGAAAAGUGCGUUUUCUGCUGCUUGUAGGAAGACCCACUCUCUGUAUCAGGCGGACCCCACCCACCACAGCUGUCCCAAGCAGUACCUCUUUAUUCCUCACACUGAACAACCUCCCAAACAGGACUUCGGGAGUGCUGGAGACAAACUCCACUGUCUCAGCCAGAACUACAAGUUCUGGACUUCUGAACAGGAGGCAAGGACUCAAAGCCAAGAUUCCUGGUCUGCUGAACCAAACUUCCAGAUCCCUGGACCAAAUCCCUGGAUACCUGAACAGGACACACAAACUCUUGAAUGGAACUCAUGGACUCUUCCCUGGACCCUCACUCAGAACCCUAGGAGACCUAGACAUUUCCCCAGGAACAUCGGACACAGGCUCCCUGCUACCCAGCCUCCAGCCUGGAUAUUCUCCUUCCUUGACCCAUCCACAAACUGGACAGUACACACUCUUCUCUCCUUCACCUGCCUCACCUACUCCAGCAGUUCAGCUCCACGCCGUGCUUCCUGACCCUUCUGCUACCAUACCCAACUCUACCAGCCCUCUUCCAAUUGCAGCCCACCCUCACUCCCAGAAUCUGUCUCAGGAAGUAUAAGGUACUCAGGCACCACCAACAUUAGCACUGAAUCUCACGUGCCAUUCCAGUCCCUGGGGACAGUCCCUGGGAGACACCUUCAGCUAUUCCAGAUUGCCUGAUUUCACCUGAAACCAAAACCCUGGAAAAGGGCGAUAAAAAGGACAGGAAAGGGAUCAUUUUUUCAUUGUACAUUUUAAAUCUUUAGAAGCUAUUUUUUUAAGCUAUCAACAAUAUUCAGAAGAGCAGCUAGUUAUCUUUGGUCUAUUUUCUACACAAAUUUGUAGCUCAUUCUCUAUAUGCUUUCUCAUAAUAAUUCUGCAAGGAUCUGGGCUGACCUGGCCUUUGAACAGAGGCUGAGAUUAACCUUUAUAUCAGAAAAGAAAGGGUAGUUUCCUUUGCUUCAAGUUUAAGGCCUUCUGAUGCUCCAUGUCCUUCACUACCAUUCUCAGUGGGAAUAUCAUUUGAUCCCCUAUUCUUAAGAGAUACUUAACUCUUGAGAAAUAAGUUGUCUCUCAGAAA